AUGGAAGACGACGAAAGGGGAUCAACAAGAAGAGAUCACCGCGAGACGUACUCGCGAGAUUCCGACAAUGACGCCAGUACAUUUCCCUCGGCACUGAGUCGCGCCAACACGUACGAUGAAGACGGAGAGGUCAUGGAACAAGACGAUAGGACAGAGCUUAGACGCAUUGCAACCGCCCUUUCCCGUCGCCAGUCUCAUGUCGCUGCUCCGUCUCGUCGUCAGUCGGUGGGACUCGGUACGCUUGACGAGUAUGACGCCACUCUCGACCCCGAACGGCGCGAAUUCGAUCUUUCAAAAUGGCUGCUUCGAUUCAUACGUGAGCUUGGAGAAAAGGGUCUCGCAGAGCGGAGAAUCGGUGUCUCAUUUCGCAACCUCGACGUCUUCGGUACCGGCGAUGCAAUCCAACUCCAAGGAACGGUGGGCUCCGUCCUCACUUCACCUCUCAGAUUUGGAGAGUUCUUUACUUUUGGCAAAAAAGAGCCAAAGCAGAUCCUCCACAGCUUCAACGGGCUAGUCAAGAGUGGUGAGCUCUUGGUCGUGCUUGGCCGUCCAGGUUCUGGCUGUAGUACCCUUCUCAAAUCCAUUUGCGGCGAGCUACAUGGUCUCAAUCUGGGAGAGAGUUCCAACAUUAGCUACAAUGGUAUCCCACAGAAGCAGAUGAAGAAGGAGUUCAGAGGUGAAGCAAUCUACAAUCAAGAGGUCGACAAACACUUUCCCCAUCUUACCGUCGGCCAGACCCUCGAAUUCGCAGCUUCGGUUCGAACACCAUCCCACCGUGUCCACGAUAUGCCUCGCGGCGAAUACUGUCGCUACAUUGCCAAGGUUGUCAUGGCAGUGUUUGGCCUCACUCAUACCUACAAUACGAAAGUCGGCGAUGACUUUAUUCGCGGCGUAUCAGGAGGUGAAAGGAAGCGCGUCAGUAUCGCCGAAAUGGUUCUGGCAGGCUCACCGUUCUCUUCCUGGGAUAACAGGUGUGUCCAUCUUUACCUCUAUAUCACUCGAGGUCUUGACUCCGCGACAGCUUUCAAGUUUGUGAAAGCGCUCCGAGCGUCCGCCGAUUUGGGCAACCACGCAAAUGCCGUUGCCAUCUAUCAAGCCAGUCAGGCCAUCUACGACCUUUUCGACAAGGCAACAGUCUUAUAUGAGGGCCGUCAGAUCUACUUUGGACCAGCAAAGGAGGCAAAGGCCUACUUCGAGAGGCAGGGUUGGUACUGCCCUCCGCGCCAGACAACAGGUGACUUCUUAACUUCAGUCACCAACCCAGUGGAGCGUCAACCUCGUCCGGGCAUGGAGUUGAAAGUGCCUCGAACUCCGCAAGAUUUCGAACGGAUGUGGUUACAGUCUCCUGAAUUCAACGCUCUGCAGAAAGAUCUCGACCAGUAUGAGGAAGAGUUUGGCGGCGAGCGGCAGGGAGAGACCUUGGCGCAGUUCCGCCAGCAGAAGAAUUUCCGGCAGGCCAAGAACAUGCGGCCCAAGUCUCCGUACAUCAUCAGCAUCCCGAUGCAAAUCAGAUUCAAUACGAAACGCGCCUAUCAGCGCAUAUGGAAUAACAAAUCGGCAACAAUGGCGUCCACCGUGGUUCAGAUCGUCAUGGCUCUCAUUAUCGGCUCCAUAUUCUUCGGCACUCCCAACACGACGGAUGGCUUCUACGCCAAAGGCUCAGUCUUGUUCGUAGCCAUCUUGCUCAAUGCAUUGACAGCGAUAUCCGAGAUCAAUAACUUGUAUGCACAGCGGCCCAUUGUCGAGAAGCAUGCCUCGUAUGCCUUUUAUCAUCCAGCCACCGAAGCAGCUGCGGGUAUCGCUGCCGACAUUCCUAUCAAGUUCAUCACGGCAUCCGUCUUCAAUGUCAUCCUCUACUUCAUGGCAGGUUUGAGGCGAGAGCCCUCCCAAUUCUUCAUCUACUACCUCAUCGGCUACAUCUCUAUCUUCGUCAUGAGCGCCAUUUUCAGGACAAUGGCCGCAAUCACCAGAACAGUUUCACAGGCCAUGUCGCUCGCUGGAAUCUUGGUUCUUGCUCUUGUCAUUUAUACUGGCUUUACCAUCACUGUGCCAUCCAUGCAUCCUUGGUUUAGCUGGAUCAGAUGGAUCAAUCCCAUCUACUACGCAUUUGAGAUUCUCGUCGCCAACGAGUUCCACGGUCAAAAUUUCCCUUGCGGCGGCAGCUUUGUUCCCCCAUAUAGCCCUCGUAUCGGCAAUUCUUGGAUAUGCCCAGUACCAGGCGCUGUUGCGGGUAGCGAAACCGUGAGCGGCGACGCUUUCAUCGCGACCAACUACGAGUACUAUUACUCCCAUGUGUGGCGGAAUUUUGGCAUCUUGAUAGGAUUUCUCAUCUUUUUCAUGGCCAUCUAUUUCACUGCAACUGAGUUGAACUCGUCGACUACAAGUACAGCCGAGGCCCUUGUUUUCCGACGCGGUCACGUUCCCACACAUAUCUUGAAGGGCGAAGGCGGUCCGGCUAGGACAGAAGACGCGACUGACGAGAAAGGCCUGCAUGGUGAUCAAACUACCGGUUCCAACGUGAAAGGCCUGGAUCCUCAGAGAGACAUUUUCACCUGGCGGGACGUCGUUUACGAUAUCAAGAUCAAGAGCGAAGACCGCAGGCUUCUGGAUCAUGUCUCUGGCUGGGUGAAGCCGGGCACCCUGACCGCACUGAUGGGUGUCAGUGGUGCAGGAAAGACGACUCUUUUGGACGUUCUGGCUCAGCGAACUACCAUGGGCGUCAUUACGGGCGAUAUGCUUGUGAAUGGUAGGCCACGAGACCUCAGCUUCCAAAGGAAGACGGGCUAUGUCCAGCAACAAGGUUUAGAUUUACACCUCGAGACCGCCACCGUCCGCGAGAGUCUGCGAUUCAGUGCCAUGUUGCGCCAGCCCAAGUCGGUCAGCAAGGAAGAAAAGUACGCAUUCGUCGAAGAGGUCAUCAAGAUGCUCAACAUGGAAGAGUUUGCCAAUGCAGUUGUUGGAGUUCCCGGUGAGGGUCUCAACGUGGAACAGCGAAAGCUCCUUACCAUCGGAGUUGAGCUCGCAGCCAAGCCAAAGCUGCUCCUCUUUCUCGAUGAACCAACCAGCGGCCUCGAUUCUCAGAGCUCAUGGGCUAUUUGCUCCUUUCUCCGCAAGCUUGCCGAUUCGGGUCAGGCAAUUCUAUGCACCGUUCAUCAGCCAAGCGCCAUCCUCUUCCAGACAUUUGAUCGCUUGCUUUUCUUGGCAAAGGGCGGAAAGACCGUCUACUUUGGUAACAUUGGCGAAAACUCUCACACGCUUUUGGACUACUUUGAGGAGCAUGGCGCAAGAAAGUGUGGCGAUGAAGAGAAUCCAGCCGAGUACAUGCUCGAAAUUGUCAACAACGGUGUCAACAGCAAAGGAGAGGACUGGCACUCGGUGUGGACGGCGAGCUCGGAAUAUCAGAAUGUCCAAAAGGAGCUCGACCGUCUUCACGCGGAAAAGCUAGCCGAGAACCCUGGUGCAGAAGACGAUGCCUCGUCUCAUUCCGAGUUUGCCACGCCUUUUACAACCCAGCUCUGGGAGGUCACGUAUCGAAUCUUUCAGCAGUACUGGCGCUUGCCCGGUUACAUCUUUGCCAAAUUUAUGCUUGGUAUUGCUGCUGGACUGUUUAUCGGCUUUUCGUUCUUCAACGCCAAUUCCUCGUUGGCGGGAAUGCAGGAUGUCAUCUUUUCCGUCUUCAUGGUGACGACCAUCUUUUCUACUAUCGUUCAGCAGAUCCAACCUCUUUUUGUUACCCAGAGAUCACUGUACGAAGUUCGUGAACGCCCAAGCAAAGCUUACUCAUGGAAGGCCUUUAUCCUUGCCAACGUAUUUGUCGAGAUCCCUUACCAGAUCAUCAUGGGCAUCCUCGUCUUCGCCUGCUUCUACUACCCUGUUGUUGGUGUCCAGAGCUCCAUCCGACAAAUUCUUGUUCUCCUCUUCAUCAUGCAGCUAUUCAUCUUUGCAAGCUCGUUCGCCCACAUGAUUAUUGUCGCUAUGCCAGAUGCACAGACGGCUUCCAGCAUUGUGACUUUCUUGGUGCUAAUGAGCACGCUCUUUAACGGAGUCUUGCAGUCACCCACUGCACUCCCGGGAUUCUGGCUGUUCAUGUGGCGUGUUUCCGUUUUUACUUAUUGGGUCGCUGGUAUAGUUGCCACAGAGCUUCACGGACGGCCGAUUGUCUGUUCAAAGAGCGAGCUGUCCAUCUUCGAUCCGCCCAACGGCCAGACCUGUGGUGAUUAUCUGGCGCCGUUCCUCCAACAGGCACCAGGACAGCUGCAGAACCCCUCGUCGACCGACCAGUGCCGCUACUGCCAGCUCAGCAAUGCGGACCAGUACCUUGCCGGGUCAGAGAUCUUUUGGAGCGACAGGUGGCGCAACUACGGCAUUGUUUGGGCGUACAUCGUCUUCAAUAUCUGCACGGCGAUUACCCUGUAUUAUCUCUUCCGGGUCAGGAAAUGGAAUACCGGCAGCUUCAAAGUCCGUUUUCCUUGGGGAAAGAAAGCUGCGAAGCAAUGA